CAGCCAUAGUUAAUUUUAUGCUUUUCAGCAACGUCUCGUGUCGUGUCUUGAAUAUUUUUUUAUUUUAUUUUGUACAUUGCAUACAAUUACUAUGGCAGAAUUUUGCACUCCAAAAGACGUGUGCCAGUUACCGUAUAAUCGCAGCUGCGAUAUCAACACGUUGACCGUGGACAGCAUCAAUGUGCGCUGCUCCACGCCCAUUGUGGGCAAAUUGCGUUCACCGAAUUUGUCGCCAAUUCGCAUGGAUAUGCGAUUGAACAAAAGUCCGGCAUCGCCGAUGAUACUCAAGAAGCAAGUGAAGAAAAAACAACAGCAACAACAACCACAACUAGCAAAUCCUGUCAAGAAACCCGGCAAGGAGGUGGGCCCGCUCGAUGACAGCAACAAUAGCUUGAACAACUUUCUGGAUGAUUCGAGCGCCAGCAACACGGAAACUUCGCUGUGCCGGGAAUCGCGUCGUCGUUCGCUCCAGGCUGAGAAUCAUUCGUAUGUCCUGAAUCAUGCGACCAAUGUGAAGGAAGUGCUGCUCCUGGUCGGCCUGGAGACGUAUCUGGACAAAUUUGAGAACUCGCACAUUGAUCUACUCGAAUUGGUGUCCAUGCAGCGUGCCGAUCUCAAAAAUAUUGGCGUACGCAAGGAUGAGGACUGCAGCCGCAUACUGGAUGCGCUCAAGGAGCUCUAGAGGAUGUCCUCAACAGGCUAUCGCUGGCUGAUAUGCUUAAUAUAUAUUUAUGUAUCUUUUAUUUUCAAUGUGUUGCAAGAUUUAUUAAGAUCUAUUUAGAUAUUCAUCAAAUGUUUGUGUAAAUCGCCAGUAAAUAUAUUUUAUACCAAAUGAAUUCUAA